AUGCAAUUCUCCGACACAGAGGCCGUCGGUGUGAAGAAAUGGGUGGUGAAGAAACUGGAGGAUAUCUCUGAUGCCGAUUCUGAUGUGCUUGCGGACUAUGUGUUGGCGCUAGUUAGGUCUGAUGCGCCAGACGACGAAAUCAAGCGAAACUCGGUGGAAAACCUCGAGGAUUUUUUGCGCGAACAUACCCAGCCAUUCGUCAAUGAACUCUUCACAACAUUCGGUCCCAAAAAGGCCGCUCCUGCGCCUAAGCCCCAACUCCAGAAGCAAGGUGCUCCCAUCGCUGUCUCACAACCCCCCGCGAAUGCCCCCAGCGGACCAAAGGCUGCUACUACGCCCGGCAGCGCUCGGAAACGAACAUUCAACGAUGGAUUCCAGGACGAGCAGGACCAGGAUCACAGCGCAUACCAGAACCGGGCUAUGAAGACCCCACGGCGUGGGCGUGGCGGCAGUCGCGGCGAUUACAACGGUGGACAUCAGAUGCAUCAGAUGCAGAACGGUCAACAUUACCCGCAACAACAGUAUCAGCCGCAGCAACAGUACCAGCAGCAGCCAGGGUUCCCCAUGAUGCCAGGGUUCCCACAACUCGACCCGAACGAUCCUAUGGCAGCAAUGAUGGCUAUGCAGGGCAUGCAAGGUAUGGGAUUCCCCGGGAUGCCGGGUAUGCCCAUGCCUGGAAUGCCUGGAGCUCCCGGCCAGCCAGAUGCCAAUCAGAUUACACAGAGUAACCAGCGCUGUCCCUUCUACGAUACACAGGGUAUUUGCUAUCUAGGAAACACCUGCCCGUAUCAGCAUGGUGAGCUCGGCGGGAACGAUGGUGAAUAUGAUCCAAAGACUGCUGGCACGCAUGCGCGGGGUGGUGCCUUCGCUCGAGGUGACCGAGGCCGUGGCCGUGGCCGUGGCGGAUUCAGCGGACGAGGACGCGGCCGGUCCGAUUUCUCGUCAGCAGGACCUAACGAAGACCAGUCUAUUACAACAAUUGUCGUUGAACAGAUCCCCGACGAUAAAUUUAACGAAGAAUCUGUGCGCCAGUUCUUCUCUGAAUUCGGCAAAAUCACCGAAGUCUCCUUGCGACCCUACAAAAAGCUGGCGUUGGUCAAAUAUGAUACCUUCCCCGAGGCCAAGGCUGCGUGGUCCAGUCCAAAGGUCAUCUUCGACAAUCGUUUCGUCAAAGUUUAUUGGUACAAGCCGGAAGAAGAACCGGUAAGCACCCUCCGGGCCGAAGCCCCAGCCUUCAACCCGGAAGAGUUCCAGAAGCAACAAGAAGAAGCGCAAAAGGCCCACGAAGAAAAGUUGAAAAAGCGCCAAGAGACAGAGGCCGCCAAGCAGGCUUUGGAGCGCCAACGUGACGAGCUUCUCAAGAAGCAGCAGGACGAACGGGCCCGGCUCAUGCAGCGACUCGGUGGCACAGACGGAAGCGCCGGUGACGGCGAUGCCAUGGCCACCGAGCCCGCUGCCGACGAGAAUGCCAGCGAACAAACAAAGCAGUUGCGAGCUCAGCUCGCGGCCCUCGAAGCCGAGGCCAAGAGCAUGGGUCUCGACCCCGAGUCCGACCCCUCCGGACGUGGUGGUCGGGGUCGUGGUGGUUUCCGCGGCCGAGGCACAUUCCGUGGUCGUGGAACAUACGACCCCAACUUCCGCGGUGGAUUCCGUGGCCGCGGGGGUGCUGGAGCUCGGGGGCGAGGUGGUGUUCUCCGUCUAGAUAACCGGCCUCGAAGAGUCGCCGUGUCGGGCGUUGAGCUCAACUCUGAUAAAGAUGAGGCAUUGCGUCAGCACUUGAUGGGCGUCGGUGAAUAUGAAUCCAUCGAAGCACACCCGGACCACCCCAACUCUGUCGUUGUCGCAUUCAAAGAGCGCUUCCAGGCCGAAAAGCUCAUGUUCUCUCCCUGGAACAUCCCCUCCGUCGGUGAGGUCCAGCUCACCUGGGUGGCCAACCCUCCCAUUUCCCUCCCAACUCCUGCUGCUGCUGCGCCAACAGAGUUCAAGGGCCAGGAUGAGCCGGAGGACACGGUUAUGUCGUCUGCGCCAUCGGCUCCGGCGGCCCCGGCGGUUAACGCUGCGCCUGCACGCGAUAUGGAUUAUGACGUUGCGGAGGAUGAUAGUUGGGGGGCACACUAA